CUCGCCACAUAUUACCUGAUAAAGAACAGGUUUCAGAUUUACCAAUGACACAUAUGUAUGGAUCAAGUGGCAGUGAAUAUGUUUCCUGUAAAGGAGUGCCAAAAGGGGUGGAAAUGGAGCCAAAAUCCAUAAAUGAAGAAGAUAGAGAUUUGAUUUCUUCAAAUAUUAAUAUUGAAAAUAAGAUGGAAGUUGACACUCAACAAAUGUCUGAUGAUGAUUGGGUUCUACAUUCACCUGCGUCAUGUUUAUUUGAAUCAAGUGGCAGUGAAUAUGUUCCAGGCGAAGAGGAAUCCAGUGACGAUGGUGACAGUGUAAAAUUGGCAAGUAUUGGAGUAAGUAGUCGGGAAAAUACUGAACAGGGAGUGGGAAAUCUUGAAGCAGAAGAGAAUAUUACAAACGUAAGCUUAGAAGAGGCCAGUUCAACGAAUAAUCUUCAGACAUUAUCUGUAGAGGCAACAAACACCACUGAAAAGAUAAACAUUUUUAAUGCUAGCAUAACUACAAAAGGGACAAAAAUAAUUAAAACUUUUCCAAUCAAAAUAAAAACUAGCAAGCUUAGGGUAAGAAAUCCCGAUACAUGGAAAAGAAGAAAGGCAUUACUUGCUAGAGAACAAGGCAAAGCCUACACAUCCAGCACAGGUAAAAUUGUACCAGCAAAAAUAGCCAGUUUAGAAAAUCUGUGUACGGAAAAGUGUAGACUAAAAUGCAGCAGUAAAUUUAAGGAUGAAGAACGAAAAUCAAUAUUGAACAAUUUUUAUGCACUUGAUGCAAUUAACGGAAAAAAUGCUCUCUAAUUUAAAAGUAUUAUUCCUAAACCAGUAGCACGUAUCAGAAAAAAUGCAAUAAAACAUAAAUCUGUAUCUUAUCGAUAUACUGUUGUAUCCAAUAACGAAGAAAUUUGUGUGUGCAAAAAAGCAUUGUGUUCGUUAUAUCAAAUAGGGAUGAAAAAGUUAGAUGUCAUUAAAGGCAAGCUAGCCACUGGAGCAUCAGCUCCAUCUCUCGAUAAACGUGGUCGACACUGUAAUAGGCCAAACAAAUUAAAUGAUCUUGUAAAACAGUAGAUAAUGAAUCAUAUUUUAGAAUUCCCUGCAGAAGAGUCGCACUACUCACGCACCAGUAAUCCCAACAAAAAAUAUCUGCCAUCUAAUCUUAAUAUGUCAAUCAUGUAUCGAUUGUACAUUGCUAAAUGCAAGGAAAAACAAAAACCCGAAAUGUAUUUUAUAAAAAAAUCAUCAUAUGUCAAAGUUUUUUCUACAGAAUUCUACAAAGAGCACCAUGAGAAUAUUAAGAUAGGAUUCAACUUGAUGAGUAAUGACCGCACUAAAGCAAAAAACGAUAACACUGUGUGUUACAUUACAAUGGAUUUGCAGCAAACUAUGCCUUUACCAAAGAUAACAACAUCAAAAGCUUUUUAUUUGCGCCAAAUAUGGUUGUAUAACUUGGGUAUCCAUGUUGUGACAGUAAAUGGACAAAGAUCUGUUUUUCAAACAUGGACAGAGGAUGUAGCAGGUAGAGGUAGUUCUGAACUUGGAAGCUGCUUGUGGAAUUUUAUUCAGACAUGUGAUGAUGUUAAAUAUAAAAAACAUCUAGUAACAUGGUCGGACUCUUGCGGUGGUCAAAAUAAAAAUUUUAAUUUAAUUAUUUUGUAUCAGCUAAUGAUAUUUCGAGGUUAUUUUGACAAAAUAGAUCAUAAAUUUCCUAAAGUCGGCCACACGUAUUUGGACUCUGAUCGCGAUUUCGGAAGAAUUGAAAAAGUGCUUAGAAGACAUGGAACUAUAGUUACACCGCAACAGUACCGGGAAAUAAUUAAAUCUGCCAUCGGUAAGAAUUGUAUGGUUAAUGAUAUGGAAACCUAUUUUCGUGACCUUGAUAAAUUAGGUACUGAGCUUGGCCUGAUAAAUAGAAAAAAAAAUUUACUUAAUCAAAGGUUCGCUUCAGAGAUGGCAUUAAGUGGAUUCGAAUCGAUGAAUUUGGAAGCUAUCUAUACAAAGAGUCGUAUGAUGAAUAUACUCCAUUUCUUAAGGUUUCAAUAUUUAAGAAUAAACCAAAGGUAGCCACAGAAAAUAUUCACUUUUCUAGAAUUUUAGAGAAGACUGGAAAUAUAUCAGACAAAAAGUUGCUGAUAUUGUUACUCAGUUGCCAUAUAUUUCAGAAGAACAUCGUGGAUAUUACGAACGUGUGAUUCGUGUAUAUGAACAAAACAGAAAUGCUCCAAUACCGCAAAAACGUCAACGAAAGUAGUAAUAUCUAUUUAAAACAUUUUUU